AUGGCCGCUUCAACCUCACUAAAAAUCGCCAUUUUUCUCAGUUCAUUGGCAAUUGCAACUUGCUUAUUCCAAUGUUAUCAAUGUAAUAGUUUGACUAAUCCGGAAUGUGAGCACAAAUAUGAGAAAUUUGGAAGAGUGAGUUUUUUGGAUGGGAGGACAUUUUUAAGUUUUUCUGAAGUCAGUUUGAAAAAUCCUAUAAUUAGGGAAACAUUUCUCACAAUCAGUUAAAAAUAUUUGAUAUGAAGAAUUAAAAAAAUCGUGGGAAAUGUUUAUUGGAAAAAAGUCAUUAUUUUAAAUUAAAAAUUAUUAUAUUAAUUUGGAAAACAAACACCAAGAGUCUCCAAUUAAAAAUUAUAUUUGAUCAUUUCAGGUUUGUCCAGUAAAAGUGUUUAAUGGAGUCAAAAAUGAACCAAUUGGAUGUCGCGUGGUUAGACAAUAUGUCCACGGUAUGCCAAACUUUUGUUUUGACCCCAAAUUCAUUCUUUUUUUUCAGAAGAAUAUUCGCUUGACAGACAAUGCGCAUAUCUCGGGGAAACUAUUGAGAAAAAAUCAAACAAGGUUGGUUUUUUCUUCAUUCUGAAAACUUUGAAAAUUCCGUGGUCAAAAUACUAAUGAGGUGAUUCAGGAAGAAAAUAAUGAUGCAACAUUUUUGGAGAAAAAAUUCAAAUAUCAAAAAACAUUUUUUUCGCAGAACAAAAAAGUAUCACUCUACAAAAUUUUUACACGGAAAAAUUCGAUUUUUUUUUUGUCAAAAAAUAGUUGUUUUCUUUUUUCUUGAAUCACCCAUAAUGGAAUGUUUUGUCAUGAAACAUGAAACUUCUGAAACUAAAACAUAGAAGAUAAUGUUUUAACAGAUUAAAAAAAUUUUUAAUUAAAAUUUCAGGGAUCGAUGGGAGUUCAACGAAUCUACUCGCAAUGUUCGGAACCACGCUGCAACUCUGCCGAAACUUCCAAAUUCGCCGCAGUUUUCGCUGUUUCCAUGAUUGCCCUCAAGUUUUUCGCCUAG